CACUUGUUAUGUUUCGAGCAUUACUGUUAAAAAAAAAAUUUAAAAAUGAAAUUCAAAAUUUUAGGUUUCGUUUUCCCCUUUUUUGUGUUAGUUUCUUUGAAAUCGUUUGCCCAUGCAAGUGAUCCUAAUGAUGUCAUUGAUGUUAAUGGUGGUAAAGCAUGUGCAGCAUGUACUGUGCUGGUUGGAUUGAUUGAGCAAGUUGCGGAGGUAAAUAAUAAGACAGUUACUGAUAUGGUUUCGGAAUUGUGCACGUUUUUGCCAGGAGAAUACACAAUCUUAUGUGAUAUUUUGGUGCAUCUGUGGGGUCCUGCAAUAAUUGAAAAGCUCAAUCGCAGAGAAACACCUGAUGUAGUUUGCUACAGUUUAGGAAUAUGUCACGUAGAUCACGGAAUGCAAUAUUGUCACCUUUUUCCCGAACCAGAGAUAGGAAUGGAUGAGGCUGUUCGUCUUUCGAGAAGUGGUUCUGAGGUUCUACCUUUCUUUCAUUGGUCUAUGGUUGAACGACUGAAGUCCGCUUGUGAAUUACCAGGAGUUAGUAUUGUAUGCAGAAGGAUACAGAGCGUUUUGAAUAACAUGAAACCAUUUAUUGACAUUGAUGGAGAUCACUACAGCAUCAUAGAAACUUUUCGAGGAGAUGCGUGGAGAGGAAGAGAUUGUGAUGAUGUUAACGAUAUGAUCUAUCCAGGAAGAAUGCCAAUGGAUCAAGACAUCAUUAUGGAUUCUAAUUGCAACGGCAUAUGGGGUAUGAACGAAGCUUCAGGAAAAUCUUAUGAAGAGGAACUAUGUGAAGGAACUUCUUCUCAAGGGUUGAUUUACAUAGGAGAUUCCAUUGGGGCCCAUUUCCAUGUACCGCCCAGUUGGUUAACUGCAAAAGAAUUGACUAUUGAAAUCUUAAAGAACUUCAGUUUUGUACUUGGAAAUGAGUUGGACUGGCCACAAACAUCUUUUCCAACAGGUUAUCAGAACGUAUCUUGGCCAAUACUGAAUGGGGAAACAGAUUCUGUGUACUGGCGAAUGCGAAAUAGGAACCUAUGCAAUCAUCGAGACUUCCAAAACAUUUGUUUUAACGAAAUCCCUCAUCGGAUAAACCAGCUGUAGUGUUUUAUGGAAUGAUGGGAAAUGAUGUUUGCAAUAGGUGGAUGAGCUCUUUGGAUGACCUUACUACCCCUGAAAAGUUUAGAUCUAACGUCAUCGCAACGCUGGAUAAAUUAAACUCCAUAUUACCAUCAAACAGCCACGUAAUGCUGAUUGGCUUAGUGAAUGGAAGUUUCAUUUACAACACAAUGGGAGACAAGAUACACCCGAUUGGUAAAUACCACAAUGAUGUCAAGUACUCAGAUAUGUAUGAAUGGUUCAACUGCAUGAGGAUAGGACCUUGCUAUGGAUGGAUGAACAAGAACGAAACUAUCAGGCAAGCCACUACUCAGAGAUCUGUUGAAUUGACAGAAGUUCUUAAAGAUAUUGCAGCAACAAAGAAGUAUGACAACUUCAAGAUUCAUUUUCUCAGAAAUCCAAUGGUACAAGUGAUAGAGCAGUGGGAAAAAGAAGGACACGAAUUGUGGAGAUUUUUAGAGCCUGUAGACAGUCUUCAUCCCGUGCAGGAAGUUCUACCGCUGAUUACACAAGCUAUGUGGAAUGAAAUUGCUACUAAUUAUCCAGAAGUUCUAGGUCAGAUAAAUCCAAACAAUCAUGUGAUACAAUCUGUUUUUGGAGACCAGGGUGGACACUAACAGCUAAUGUGUCAAUCUCAUUUGUAAAAUAUCGACUUCAGUCAUUACUUGGAUAAAAAGACUCAUCUCUUUCCAUUAACACGCAUUUUUAACUCUUACAUCAAUAUUUAUUUCACACAUUUUUCAUGAAGAUACACUCAUAAAAACUUUGUAUUUUUGAGAAGAAAAAAAAAUGUAUUAAUUUACAGAGUACCAAUAAA